AUUUCAUAUUAAUCAUGUUCAUAUUUAAUUUAAUUUAUAUCUUAUUAUUUAUUCGAAUUUCAUUAACUGAAUACGUUGAUUAUCAAAAAACAAGUAUAUUGGCGGCUUCAAAUGAUUCAUUAUUAUGGGGAACCUAUCGACCAAAUUUAUAUUUUGGUACAAGACCACGUUUACCCGAAUCAUUAUUAACAGGGUUAAUAUGGUUUGGAAUCGAGAAUGCGUCGAGUUUUAGUCAAAUUAGACAUGCAUGUGAUCAGGGAGAUGGAUUAGAUGAAUAUAGUUUUAAAAAACAUGAUGGUCGUAAUUUUGCUAUACAAACAUUAUCUGAUAGUAAAAAUAAUAUUAAAUUAAAAACUGAAUUAUUAAAAAAUUCUGGAGGAGGUCACGGCGGAGAUUGGGCAGUUCGUAUAUCUGGAACACCAAUAAAUAAUAAUAAACCUUCUGGAAUUUCAUUUCUUUAUUAUUUUGGACUUGAAGGAGAUGGUUCAAUUGAAUUGACUAAUCCGUUGGAUGAAAUGGGUUUAGAUACUCAAGUCGAACUUAAAGGAGAAACUCCAGAUUUAGGACAAUUCUCAAUUAUAUUAAAAGAAGAUCCAAAUAAUAGGAUGCCAUCAAAUGUUCAUUCAAAAGCAUCAGAAUUAGCCGAUUUAUCAAAAAUUCAUUAUUGGGGACGUUUAGUUCCUGAUGGAGAUAUUUGGCGAGCUAAAGAAUUAUUACAGGGUCAUUUGAUUUCAAAAUAUCAGAAUAUAAUAAAAAAUCCGGAAACAAAAUCUAUUCCUCCACCAAAAUAUUUAUUUGCAUUGAAAAAUGAAGUCAAAGAAAAUUCAAAUUUUUUUAUUUUUCAAAAGAUGAUUGAAGGACCUUUUCAAUUUGAUAUAAUUUUUCAAUCUAAUUCAUCACCUAUUCAUCUUGAUUCCGAAAGUCUUACGUCUGGUCUUAAAUCCAAAUCUCAAGAAUUUGAUCAAAGAUUUGAAAAAACAUUUGGAUUGAGGGAAAAAGGAUUUAAUGAUAGUCAAAUUUAUUUCGCACAAACUAUUAUGAGCAAUCUGAUUGGAGGGAUCGGAUAUUUUUAUGGGUCAAGCAUUGUUGACAGAUCAUUUACAGAUAGCGAUGAAGAUGAAGAAGAAUUUUGGACAAAAUAUCGAGAAGCAGAUCCAAGAUUAACACCACCUUUAGCUUUAUUUACAGCAACGCCAUCUCGACCUUUUUUUCCACGUGGAUUUUAUUGGGAUGAAGGAUUUCAUCAAUUAUUAAUUGGUAAAUGGGACAAUGAUUUAAGUUUGGAUAUUAUUAAACAUUGGGUUUCUUUAAUUGAUAAUGAUGGAUGGGUUGCUAGGGAACAAAUUUUAGGAGAGGAAGCUCGAAGCAAGGUUCCAGAAGAGUUUCAAAUACAGUAUCCACAUUAUGCAAACCCUCCAACAUUAUUAAUGGCAAUAAAAUCUUUUAUGUUAAGAGUUGAUAAUUUAGAGAACAAAAAUACUAUCAAUAUAGAUGAUAUUGGAGAACAAAUAUUUAGUGAUCAUAUUUUAAGUACGACAGAUCCAACAAUUAUUUCGUCAAGAUUUAUGUUAGAUAAAAAAUUGGCAAAUGAUUUCUUGAAAGAAAUUUAUCCAAAAUUAAAGUUAAAUUAUAAAUGGUUUAGAAGAACUCAAUGGGGUGAAGUUAAAGAAUGGGGUAGAAGAGCAAGAAGCAGAGAAGCUUAUAGAUGGCGUGGUCGAACUCCUGGACAUACCUUAACUUCUGGACUUGAUGAUUACCCUAGACCAACACCACCACAUCCCGCUGAAUUACAUGUUGAUCUUAUGUGUUGGGUUGGAUUUAUGGCAAGAUCACUUAAAGAAAUUGCAGAAAGGUUAGAAGAGGAAGAUGAUGCUGAUGAUUACACGAAAGAAUACAAAAAUAUUGUUGCUAAUUUAAAUGAUCUACAUUGGAGCGAAGAACAUGAUGCUUUUUGCGAUUUAUCAGUUGAUGAAGAUGAGGACUCAAUAUUUGUUUGUCAUAAGGGAUAUUUAUCAUUAUUUCCAAUGGUAUUAGAAUUACUACCUAAUGAUUCGCCAAAAUUAGGAGCAAUAUUAGAUAUGAUUUAUAAUCCGAGCGAAUUAUGGUCAAAAUAUGGGUUAAGAUCAUUAUCAAAAUCUGAUAGAUUUUUCCAUACAGGAGAAGACUAUUGGAGAGGAAAUGUAUGGAUGAAUAUCAAUUAUUUAGUGUUAUCUUCAUUGUACAAAAACUACGCAGCUAUUGAGGGUCCCUAUAAAGAGAAAGCAAAAACUAUAUAUAAAGAGUUGAGAAUUAAUAUAAUUGAAAAUGUUUAUAAGGAAUUUGAGAGAACCGGCUAUGUAUGGGAACAAUAUUCAGAAGAUACAGGUGUAGGUUUAAGGAGUCAUCCAUUUACAGGUUGGACGUCCUUAGUAACAUUAAUUAUGGCGGAGGAGUAUUAAAUUAUUUUAAUAUAGAAAAAAUUAAUGUUUUUUUUUUCUUAAAAA